AUGAAAAAUUUGAUUGUAAUAAUAUUUGCGUUCCUUGUGUGUCAAGCUAACGCUUUCCGCCCAAUCCUUCUUCUAGGCAACCAGAAUCUGAUAGAGAGAACUUGCAAGCAAACACCCUUCUAUGAUCUUUGCAUUUGGUCCCUCAAAUCAAACCCCGAAAGCCGUGACGCCAGCGUGAAGAAGCUAGCUCAGAUCAUGGUGGAUUCACUCAAAACUAAAGCAACCGAGACACUUGAUCUAAUCGACGAGCUACUACAGGAUGGACUUGCCCUUGACCCUGAAAUGCAGAAGGCCUUAACAUCUUGCGCUGAACGCUAUAACGUGAUUAUAAGGGGAGAUGUACCUGAGAUCAACGAAGCUCUCAAGACGGGUGACUACAAGUUUGCAGCGAAAGGCGCCAAUGAUGCAGCCAUAGAGGCCAAUUCUUGUGAAAUAGAGUUCCCUACUAAAUCACCGCUGACUGAUAUGAACAAAGUGGUGCAUGAUGUAUCCGUCGUUGCGGCUUCCAUUGUCAAGAUAAUACAAACUAAGUUUUCCUUUUGAUGUGAUCAAGAUGAUUCCCAUCUUGUUCUUUUAUCCUUAUCGAUGAAAUAAAUUUUAUUUAUUUUUUUAGUA